AUGUCUCAUUACGCCGCAGCCCAUCAGAACCCCCAGGGUCCAGGCGACGCACGCCCCACGGCUCUCCAAAUCAUCGAAGACGAAAAUCUCGUCGGACAGCUGGCCGGUAAGACAAUCGUCAUUACCGGCGCAAACCAAAGCAUCGGAUUGGACACUGCUCGCGCCCUCUACGCGACCGGCGCGUAUAUCAUCCUAGGCGUUCGGAGCAACGAGAAGGGCGACAAGGCCAUAGCCGACAUUGAAAACACCCCGAAUCUCCCUGGGAGAGGAUCACUCCAGGCUGUCGUGCUCUCACUGAACUCACUUGACUCCGUGCGCAAGGGUGUCGAGAGUUUCCUGGCCAAGAGCGGGGGCAAGCUCAACAUCCUCAUUAACAACGCUGGUGUCAUACAGCAGGAGAAGACGAAGACUGUUGACGGCUCCCAAGGUCUGCACUCGCUGUCUUUGUAUCCCGGAUCUAUUAUGACGAACAUGUCUGCGGCGCAGCCCGUCGACGUGGAAGCUGCGAAAGCGGCGAUGGGUGAAGAGCUGUUCAACAAGAUGAUGCGCAUCCUCAAGAGCCCGGUCCAAGGGGCUUCCACCACUGUCUACGCCGCCAUCAGCAAGGAGUGGGAGGGAAGAGGUGGCAAAUAUCUGAGCGACUGUGUCGAGGCUCACCCCACAUCUGCCGGUUACAACAUGAUGUCGACCGACACGGGACCUGAGCUCUCAGCAGCCGGCAAGAAUGUUGUGAUCACUGGCGGCGGCACCGGCAUAGGAAAAUCGAUCGCCCUUUCUUUUGCUAAGGCUGGUGCGAGCUCCAUCUGCAUUCUCGGCCGACGACUCGACCGCCUUGAGAUCGCCGUGGCAGAGAUCCGCAGCACCGCCAAGCUUGGAACUCAAGUUCUUUGCAAGAAAGCGGAUCUCUCAAUUCGCGAUGAAGCUUGCGCAGCUAUUGAUGAGAUUUCAUCAGCGGUCGGAAACAUCGGCAUCUUGGUUUCUAAUGCUGGGUUCUUCCCUAAAGUUGGCGGCGUCGUCCAUCAAGGAGCGGAAGACUACAUGGAGGGUUUCAAGCUCAACGUGGUCACCACGCUGCACGCCUUGCAAGCUUUUGUCCCCCAUGCAGCCCAAGGCGCCAUAGUGCUGAACAUUUCGACAUCUCUGGCUCACAUUAAACCGUGGGCAGGACACUCGGGCUACUGCGUCACCAAAGGAGCAAAUCUCAAGCUUGUGGACUUUUUCGCGGCGGAGAAUCCUGACAUUCACGUUGUCAACGUUCAGCCGGGAGUCAUCGAAACCGAGCUGAGCCCGCAAGGCACUACCUUCAACACGACUGAUGAUCGUAAGUACACCAAUGCAUGA